CACCUGAGGUCGAUAGCAAACGAGCUAACUAGCGCCACACAGCCAAAACACCGCGAAUGAAGCACAGCGGCGAGAAACCCGCGGGUUACUUAUUUAAAUCUGUUUAUUUAUUUAUUUAUAUAUUUAAACAUUAUAAAUCGGUUAUUUGCAGAAACCGGGACGGAAGGAGAGGAGAAUGGUCGUCCCUGAUGGUGGAAGUGUCCAGCCAGCGGACAGCGGUGAAGCAGACGAGGUGAUGUCCAGCUCGGAGCCGGAGUUCGGUCCCAGUCUGACCGCGGUGGAGCUGCAGGAGCUGGUGCGCCGUCUGGAGGUCCAGAAUCAAGCCCUGCGCAACAGGGGCAGCAAACUCGCCAGCAACAGCAACCUCUCCGCCGGAGCUAACUGGAAUAACCUGCACGGGGCCAUGGACACUUCUCCCGGAGCAGAGGAUGCUGGGAACCUGGCGGGCAGCAGCAGCAGCGGUGAGGACAUGUCUCCGCUGCCCGAGGCCUCCAGGCCGGAGGAGGAUGAGUUCUUAGGCUCCAAACAAACUCUGGGACGCUUCGAGCCGAGUCUGUCUCCGGAUCUCUGUGAUUCAGUGACGCUGGGAGCGAGGGAUGCGGGUAUGGACCAGUCCGGCCUGGACGAGGUGGAUGAGCUUGACUUAGAGACGUGCGCUCAGACCGAGGAUGAAGACAGUUGGUUGUACGUUUCACCAAAGAAGCAGGUUGCGGCUGAACUGGGGCCUGAAUCACCUCUCAAAUGGUGUCGAAAAGUUCUCGAUCAUCCCAGUCCAGAGACCGAGGUCGCCUGUCGCACGCUCAUCAACCGGCUAGACCAAACGUCUAGAUGGAAGAACGUGUACAGUAGCCCAUCUCAGUCCAGUGAGGCUGGCGUCUCUGCGUCCUCGUCUGCUGGGUACCUCAAAUCAACUAACAAAACACUACUAACCUCUGGCAGCUCAGGUUGCAUGGGCGUUCCCUCUGCUCUCAGCUCACAGUCGUCUAUUGACAGUGAGUUAAGCACCUCAGAUGACUCCAUCUCCAUGGGCUACAAGCUUCAGGACCUGACUGAUGUUCAGAUAAUGGCUCGUCUGCAGGAGGAGAGUCUCCGGCAUGACUACGCCUCUACCUCGGCCUCGCGCCGCAGCUCCUCUGCCUCCCUGCAGUCUCUGCGUCGAGGCACCUACAGCGACCAGGAGCUGGACUCCUACAGUCAGGAGGACGAGGAGGACGAGUGCUGCUCUCUGCCACAGCGGCUCCAGCGCUACUCGCCCUCCCCCCACGGCUCGCCCCGCCGCCCACACAUGUCCCGCCGCUCGCUGCGGGGCCCGGGGCCCAAGAGCGAGGGUGUAUCAUCUGCGAGGAUGAGGGCUGAUGGCCAGUCCCCUCUCUAUCUGCGGACUCCCAUGAAAGCCCUGAGCCCCGUCAGCUCGAUGUCUGCGCUGCGACAGCAGGCCAAAGGGCCAGCGAGUGCCCAGGGAGGGCUGAGGAGGGUGCAGUUGCCCGGUCCCAACAACGGGGCGUCAUACUCCGCUGCUGUCGCCCGGCAAACGCCAGGAAGAGGCUUGACACCCGCCUCACCUUCAUCCAGAGGCAGGCUUCCACAGACGCCCAGGAGAUCACUGGGAAUGACCAAACCGUGCGCUGCCGCCGCUGACGAGGCCUGGCAAGAUGGCUGUUACUGAAGCCCUGAGAACUUCAGCUGCUUUCCUCAGAAACAUCAACACAGGGUCCCUAAAACCGGAGCCUCCACAAUGAGAGGAACAAUGGAUCGGACACCGUUUGCGUUCAAAGACGACAACACGUUGUAAUAUUUGCUUGAUUUUCAGAUAACAUGCUUUUAUUUUCAUGAGAAUGGGGGAGUACGAGAACUUGAGUAAUGAAAAAGGUUUGAUGUCCUGUAAUACUGGCUGUCUUUGUGAAACAAUGUGUGGAAUUGAAUUCCUAAAUGCUGUGGAGUAACCUGCUGUUGGUUUUGCAUGUCUAUCUAUUUUUAGAAAUGAAGGAUAUAUUAUUUUUAUUUGUGUGUGUGUGGUGGGGAAAAAAAUGAGAAUUUUUAAUUUGAUGAAGGAAUCGUUGUAUUCUGUAAAGAAGCAAGAAAUGUGUGUUUUGUAUCGUCGAGGCAUAGCAAUAGUUUUCACAAAAAUUGACCUCAGAGAAGAACAUUUUAUUUUCAUUUUUUUAUUGUAAUGGCGAUCACAGCGGUGCAUUACUACGGGUCCUUACUUCAGUGCUUGAAGCCACUACACUGUCACUCCAGCUGCAAGUGUGAUGCCUGUGUAGUCUAGGUGUAAAUAUGCACUGAGCCAGUACAAUUGGAAAUAUAUGAGUAUGCAAUGAUAAUGGAGUGCCUCAGAAAACCAAUAAAUCAAUUUCAGCAAUACA